GUCACGUGACCGCGGGCGAAUAUUUUUUUUUUCCCCUCCCAAGAUGGCGGACCACCUGCCUUCCGAGUUUGAUGUGGUGGUCAUAGGAACGGGCUUACCCGAGUCUAUCAUUGCGGCAGCAUGUGCAAGGAGUGGCCAGCGAGUUCUUCAUGUGGAUUCGAGAAAUUACUAUGGAGGAAAUUGGGCAAGUUUUAGCUUCUCGGGAUUAUUGUCCUGGAUAAAAGAAAACCAAGAACUGGCCAAUCCAUGUGAGGAAAGUACAGCUUGGCAAGGACUAAUUCUUGAAAAUGAGGAAGCGGUUCCUCUUAACAAGGAAGAUCAAACCAUCCAGAAUGUAGAAUAUUUCUGCUAUGUUAGCCAGGACUCAGCUGAGGAUGUUGAAGAAGCCGGUGCACUACCAAGACCAUCUGCCUCAGCCACUUCUGCCUUUAGUAAGGAUUCAGAGGAGACCUCUGCGGUCACCGAGGUCAAGAAUGGAUGCUUAUCUUCAGACGAUGGGGCCAAAAGCGAAGAGAUCUGCCCUCAAAGCGAUGCAGGAGGUGAUCUACAAGGUAUCAGUGACGAAGAGGAGACAGGAGGGACUUCUCUGGAAGGGAAGUCCUCUGACAGCAUCGUGCCCGAUCCAACAGCAUUGGAAACAGGAGACCAUAAAUUUGAGCCAGUCCCUGAAGCUGCAGCUGAACCAAGGAAAAUCACCUAUGCCCAAAUUGUAAAAGAAGGGAGGCGGUUUAAUAUUGAUUUAGUUUCUAAGCUCCUUUAUUCCCGAGGAUUGCUGAUUGACCUCCUCAUCAAGUCAAAUGUCAGCCGAUAUGCCGAGUUCAAAAACGUUACCCGUAUUCUUGUCUUGAGAGACGGCAGAGUGGAACAGGUUCCAUGUUCCAGAGCGGACAUUUUCAAUAACAAACAGCUGACGAUGGUGGAAAAAAGAAUGCUGAUGAGAUUUCUGACCUUUUGCCUGGAUUUUGAACAGCGCCCUGAUGAAUACCAAGCUCAGAAGGAUUGCAAGUUUGCCGAUUAUUUAAAAACCCAGAAGUUAACUCCCAACCUGCAGCAUUUCAUUCUGCAUUCCAUUGCGAUGGUCUCGGAGGCCGAUUGCUGCACCAUCGACGGACUGAAGGCCACUCAAAAAUUCCUGCAGUGCCUGGGGCGCUACGGCAACACUCCCUUCUUAUUUCCUUUGUACGGCCAAGGGGAAAUCCCUCAGUGUUUUUGUCGGAUGUGCGCAGUAUUUGGUGGGAUCUAUUGCCUCCGGCACUCCAUAAAGUGUCUUGUGUUAGACAAAGAACUUCAAAGGUGUAAAGCGGUCAUCGAUCAUUUUGGUCAAAGAAUAAAUGCAAGUUAUUUUGUUGUGGAGGAUAGUUACCUUUCAGAAAAAAUAUGCAAAAACGUAUCUUACAGGCAGAUCUCCAGAGCAAUUCUCAUAACUGAUGGAUCUAUACAGAAUAAUGAGAGCUCUGAUCAGCAGAUUUCCAUUUUGACUGUCCCACCUCAGGAGAAAGGCCAGCCAGCUGUUUACCUUGUGGAAUUGUGUUCUUCAGCUAUGAUCUGCAUGAAAAAUACAUAUUUGGUUCAUUUGACCUGUCCUUCCAUUCGAACCGCUAAAGAAGAUUUGACACACGUAGUGGAGCAGUUAUUCAGUGUUGCAGAAACAGAAGGGGAAGAUGAAGGAGAAGGAACCAAACCUCAGGUUCUCUGGUCCGUGUAUUUCAACAUGAGGGAUUCCUCCAGCGUUGACAAGGCUUCGUAUGACAAUUUGCCUUCCAACAUGUACGUUUGUUCUGGGCCAGACGGGGCACUCGGGAAUGACUGUGCUGUCAAACAGGCCGAAGCCAUCUUUCAAGAAAUGUUCCCCAGUGAAGAAUUCUGUCCCCCACCUCCAAAUCCAGAAGAUAUCAUCUACGAUGGAGAUGGAACUACGCCAGAAGAUCCUGGGUUCAGCAAUCCAUCGGAAGGCAAGACAGAGAAGGUGCCCGAGAAGAACCUCGAAGAAGAACCUCCUGAGGAAUGAGGCAGCGACAAGGCCGGAAUCGAAGCCACGUGGCGCCAAGACUCUGAGCAGAGUUCCAACAGUUGUCGUGCAUCAUGUGUAACUCCAGGAAUUUGGGUGGGGCCUUUGCGGAGUUGGUUUAAUAGGCUUGAAUUGAGUUGGGAAUAUAUGAAGGGCCUUCCUGUCAUUGGGUUAAAAAAAAGUAUUACAUGCUUGACUCAUUUCUCCUAGAAACCCAUGUCAAUAUCUUGUAAAUAAGGCUUUCCAACCUUCGGUGCCAAUUAGGCUAGUUGGCCAAAGUCAACAGUAGCUCCAUAUGUCAUUUGGCUUGUUUUCGAAAGAAGGGCAAACUGAUUCCCAGGCGUUCCCUCCUCCCCAAUCCCCUCUUGUUGGGAACAUAUGUCUUCUGUUACGGCACAAAUUCUUCUUCCCGAAAGAAACACCUUUCAAUAUUACACGAUUCCCGUUCGGCUUGCUGUACAGAAUAAUCUCUGAAGUGGCUUUAAAACUCACUGUUUUAAAACUCAGUAAAAUUGCGUAAUAAAGUAGAUAAGCGCAGCUUUCUUGGAAA